AUGCUUCUUUCCCUUCUUUUAUUUCUGCUGCUGCUGCUUCCAGGAACUGUACACAGGACAAAGAAACUCCCCUGCUUCCACCAGAUUAACCCCAUUGUUUCCCAAGAUGGGGAUGUGGUGAUUGGAAUAUUUUUAUCCUUGCUCUCAGUUGAAGUGAAGAGGGUAACAGAAGCAGAAUUUUUUGAAAAUCCUCCUAAAAAAGCUUGCAGACCUUAUCAGUGGUUGCUCAAAAAUUACCAGCAGGCCCUGUCUCUGGUGUUUGCUAUAGAGGAGAUUAAUAGAGAUCCCAAUCUGUUGCCCAACAUUUCCCUGGGAUUCCACCUCUACAACACUUACCACAGUGAUGAGAGGACAUUGGAGAGCUCCCUGAGGUGGCUGUCUGGGGAGGGUCAGCUCAUCCCUAACUAUGGCUGCUGGGAGCAGGACAAGUCUGUAGCUGUUAUUGGAGGAGCCACAUCAGCUCUCUCUGUCCAGAUGGGGACCCUGCUCAACCUCUACAAGUUUCCGCAGAUCAGCUAUGGUCCAUUUGAUUCCAUUCUUAGUGACAAGAUCCAGUUUCCUUACAUCUAUCAGAUGGCCCCCAAAGACUCUUCUCUUCACCAAGGUAUUAUCCACUUAAUGGUAUAUUUUCAGUGGAACUGGAUAGGUCUGGUUGUCUCAGAUGAUAUGAGAGGAGAGGACUUCCUCUGGAAAAUGAGAGGGGAAAUGGCAAAGAAUGAAAUUUGCCUCUCCUUCACAGAGAAAAUCCCUGUCAGUGAGAGAAGACAUGUAGAGUCAGAAGACGACUUCAUGCCCAGGAUAAUAAAAUCAUCAACUAAAGUGAUUGUUGUUCAUGGUGAUGCAGAUUCAUUAAUGAUUCUGAGAUACUCACAAAUGCCUCUUUUUCUAGUACAUAAGGUGUGGAUUGGUACAUCUCACUGGGACAUUAGCCUGAGACCUGUCUAUCGUCAAGGUAAUAAUUUCCAUGGGGCUCUCACAUUUUCAUACCUGACAAGUGAAAUUCCAGGGUUCAAGACAUUUCUAGAGACAAUUACACCUUCUAAAUACCCAGAUGACAUUUUACUCAGGGGAUUCUGGCUUUCAGCUUUUAGGUGCCAAAAUCAACCAGAAAACUCAGAGCAAGAAGUAUGUUCACCCAAUGCUUCCUUAGAGACUUUGCCUCUGUGCUCUUUUGAUAUGACCAUGUCUGUCUUCAGUUACACCAUCUACAAUAGUAUCUAUGCUGUGGCAUGGGCCCUCCAGGAACUAUUUGUGAGAAAAUUAGAGCAAAGUUCAGUGAGAGAUGGAGAAUAUUCAGCACAUCACGUAUGGCAGCUGCACUCCUCCCUGAAGAACACCCAGUUUACCAACAGUGCUGGGGACCAGGUGUUUGUGGAUGAGAACAGAAGCUCUGAGGCUCAGUAUGCCAUUAUGAACUAUGUGGUCUUUCCUAAUGAGACGGAUGCUCUGGUGAAAGUGGGGCAGUUUGUCACCAAAUCUUUACUUGGUCAAGAUCUCACUCUUUGUGACGAUGCCAUAGUGUGGGGCUGGUGGGGUUCAGAGGUUCCCUCUGGAGUGUGCAGUGACAGUUGUGGUCCUGGAUUCAGGAAGAUCCUUUUGGAGGGGCAGCCCAUCUGUUGUUUUGAGUGUUUUCCAUGCCCACAAGGGGAGAUUUCUAAUAAACUGGAUUCAGAGAAUUGUAUGAAGUGCCCAGAGGAUGAAUAUCCAAGUAAGGAGAGAGAUUGCUGCCUCCCAAAGGUUGUGACCUUCCUGAAUAUGAAAGAACCUUUGGGGAUGACAUUGGCCCUCAUGGCUGUCUCCUUCUCUUUAUUGACAGUUCUGAUUCUGUGGGUCUUUGUGAAGUUCCAAGACACUCCCAUAGUGAAGGCCAAUAACCGGACACUCAGCUAUACUCUCCUCAUGUCCCUUAUCUUCUGUUUUCUCUGCUCCCUUCUCUUCAUUGGUCGACCUACAACUACCACCUGUCUCCUCCGGCAAACAGUAUUUGGAGUUGUUUUCACAAUGGCUGUUUCUUCUAUUUUAGCCAAAACCAUAAUAGUAGUUCUGGCUUUCAGGAGUGUAAAACCAGGGAGCAGGAUUAGAAUGUUUUUACAUCCUAGAGUAUCCAACAUUGUUGUUCUUUUCUGCUCAGUAAUUCAAGUGCUUUUUUGUAUCAUCUGGUUAGGAACCUAUCCCCCUUUUCCAGAGGCAGAUACACACUCUGAAUAUGGCUUCAUAAUCAUUAGAUGUAAUGAAGGCUCUACCUUUGCCUUUUACUGUGUCCUGGGCUACAUGGGCUUACUGGCCCUGGGAAGCUUCACUGUAGCUUUUCUGGCCAGGAACCUGCCUGAUACUUUCAAUGAAGCCAAGUUCAUUACCUUCAGCAUGCUGGUGUUUUGCUGUGUCUGGGUCUCUUUUCUCCCCACAUAUCACGGCACCAAAGGAAAGGCCAUGGUGAUUGUGGAGAUCUUCUCCAUCUUGGCUUCCAGUGCUGGGUUACUGGGUUGUAUUUUUAUUCCCAAAUGUUAUGUGAUCCUCCUGAAGGUAGACAGAAAUACCCAAGCACAGAUCAAGAAUAAAAGGGAUUCCAGAAGCAAGAUUUUUUCUGGAGUAUAG